AGUGAUCUUUUAUAAUAUUACUUAUUUUAUAAGUAUUAUUAUUUUGGAUUUUUUUUUAGACAUUUUUAUCAAAUUAUGUCUUAUAACAAACGCAGUUGACCAAUGUCGGACGCAGUGUUACGGCUGAAAUGCCGUUCGGGAACCUUUCCAAUGACAAUUCCUUUGAAUUGUUCAAUAUCUGUUUUGAAAGAACAGGUAUCUGUACUGAGUGAAAUACCUGUAGAUAGCAUAAAACUAUUGUUUGGUUUUCCACCUAAGUCCAUACAAAAAUUAGAAGGUACUAUUGAAGAUGCUGGUCUUAAGUCAGGUGAUACAAUCAUAGCUGAAGUAGACUCAAGCAGUUCAAGUGUACAACAACUCAAAGUAGAUACAGAGAGUAAUAUUUUAAAGCACAUUACAGAACAAGAGGUUGGAGAUGAAGUACCAUUAAUUUUGCGUAAAGUUGUACCAGCUGAUAACUCUUGUUUGUUCACCAGUAUGGGAUUUGUGUUGGGAGGUAAAAUUGAUUUAAGUAGUGGCAACUUUAUGCGUGAAAUAAUAGCUAAUGCAGUAAAAGAUAAUCAAAUAGAAUUUAGUGAAGCAGUACUUGGAAAACCAAAUGAAGACUAUUGUGAAUGGAUACGGAAUCCAAAUUCAUGGGGUGGUGCUAUCGAGGUGUCUAUAUUGUCUAACCACUAUGGUAUGGAAAUUGCAGUGAUUGAUACUCAAAGUGGUUCUAUUAGUAAAUUUGGUGAGGAUAAAGACUAUCCUCAUCGAGUGUUCCUUAUUUAUGAUGGUAUACAUUAUGAUCCAUUGUAUUUGGAAAUGCCGUCAAAUCCUGAAGAAAUUCAAACAAUAUUCCCAACAAAUGAUGAUCGCAUGUUAGAUGCUGCUCAGAUGUUAGCUAACGAAGCUAAGUCUAGUAGACAGUAUACUGAUGUAAACCGAUUUACACUUAAGUGCCUUGAUUGUGGUUGUAUUAUGAUUGGUCAAACACAAGCACAGGAACAUGCCAAAUUAACUGCUCAUAAUAAUUUUAAUGAAUAUUGAUAUAUCCACAACUUAACAUGCAAUACCUAAUAGAGUUCAUUUGUUUUUUCUUUAAUUAAACUUUAGUUUAUACAUUAAUAUUUACUAUA